AUCUUAUUAUCUCGCCUGCGUCCUUUGUACAAAACUAAACACCGUCCACAGAGCCACAUUGUAGGCUGAAGUUGCUAUGGAGGUGCCUUCAUAUGAUAACGUCAAGGUGGAGAUUUUAAGCCAUGGCAUUGUUGCAUUGGUGACAUACAAUCGCCCGCAAUCUGGCAAUUCGCUGCAUCCCAAAAUGCUGGCAGAGCUUGUGGCUGCUCUUAGAUGGGUUCACAGCAAUCCUACCAUUCGCAUCAUGAUCCAGUCUGGCACUGGUGAGUUUUUCAACACCGGGAUGGAGCUGGUGGACGGCGAUGGUAUGUCCUUCGCCCGAGGAUCUGAUUUCCACGAGCUUAACCGCAUCCUGAUUCUGUCGGACAAAAUACUCAUCGCAGCCGUCAAUGGGCCUGCUGCGGGCUACGGCGUAAGCAGCCUGGCACUCUAUGAUCUGGUCUACUCCGUCCCCGAUGCCUACUUCUUCACGCCCUUUGUUAAAUGGGGCAUGGCGGCCGAGGCAGCCUCGAGUUUCUCGUUUCCUAGACUCAUGGGACACCAAAAAGCCGCAUCGCUCUUCCUGGCAGGAGACCGCAUCACAGCGCAGGAAGCUUCACUAAAUGGGCUCAUUAGCAAGAUCCUACCGAGGGAGCAGUUCCUGGCCCAGGUCGUUCAGAUCGCCGCGAGAAUUGCACAGUCUGCGCCUGCUUCUCUGCGGGCAACGAAGGAGCAGAUGCGGCAACUGGUGAGGCAGGAAUUGCUUGAUGCCAAUGACCGCGAAUGCGAUCUGAUUCGCCAUGAGAGAUACGGCUACGAGGAAUACCAGAACGCAGUAAAGCAGUUCCGCGUUGAGCGGCUUGAAAAGCAGGAUUUGAAACGCAAAAUAACUAAAGGCAGAAUUUAA